AUGAGACUUACAUUUAAUCGUUAUGCUAUUGAGUUUACAAAGACAGCGCAAAACAAGGAUUGUCUCAUAUUCAAUGGAUACAAAUAUCAUCGUAACAGCACAUGGGGAAUGAAAACUGCUUGGGCGUGUGCAAAACGAAAGACUGAGAAUUGUAAAGCACGCAUUAUUCAAGAUCUUUGCACUGAUGACGAUGGAAGAGACAGGAAUAUGGUCGUUGAGUUCACGAUGAAUCAGAAAAAUUGUAUAAGUCUCUUAGUUGAUGGCCACAGAUUUUACCGACGACAUUGCGUGGGACAAAAAGUUACUUGGGCUUGUGCACAAAGAGUUCAUUUUAAAUGUUCCGUGCGUGUUAUUCAAGAUCUUGAGACGAAUGAAGUGUAUGCAGCAUCUAAUUGUAUGCACACUCAUGAGAUGAUACGAGAUAGAAAGAUAUAUAAAAGAAAUUCACGAAAAAAUCGAUAACGUUACAAAAUAAAAGUUUUUUUGUUUUAAACAUCACCAUGGAAUCUUCUACGUUUGUUAUUCAUAAUAUUCAUAAAAUAAAAGUGACUGAAAUGCCAUACAGAAUA